GUUGCGCCGUGGUGGAAAGAGGAGUGGAGGCGGGAGUGAAGUCUCGCGAGAAGAGGGUGGUUGCCGUAGCGGAGUCCUCUGGCUGUGUGUGUGUCUGUGUCUGUGUCUGUGUCUGAGGAGCCGCCGCCGGAGCCGCGGACGGUUUGCUGAGUCCGUUACUGCCUCUGGCCAAGACUCGCGCCGCCGUCAUGUCCCGCUACCUGCGCCCCCCCAACACGUCUCUGUUCGUCAGGAACGUGGCCGACGACACCAGGUCUGAAGAUUUACGGCGUGAAUUUGGUCGCUAUGGUCCUAUAGUCGAUGUGUAUGUUCCACUUGAUUUCUACACUCGACGGCCAAGAGGAUUUGCUUAUGUUCAAUUUGAGGAUGUUCGUGAUGCUGAAGAUGCUUUACAUAAUUUGGACAGAAAAUGGAUUUGUGGACGUCAAAUCGAAAUACAGUUUGCACAGGGAGAUCGAAAGACACCAAAUCAAAUGAAAGCCAAGGAAGGGAGGAAUGUGUACAGUUCUUCGCGCUAUGAUGAUUAUGACAGAUACAGACGUUCUAGAAGCCGAAGUUAUGAAAGGAGGAGGUCAAGAAGUCGGUCUUUUGAUUACAACUAUAGAAGAUCUUAUAGUCCUAGAAACAGUAGACCGACUGGAAGACCACGGCGUAGCAGAAGCCAUUCCGACAAUGAUAGAUUCAAACACCGAAAUCGAUCUUUUUCAAGAUCUAAAUCCAAUUCAAGAUCACGGUCCAAGUCCCAGCCCAAGAAAGAAAUGAAGGCUAAAUCACGUUCUAGACCAAACUGCAGCUGGAAUACCCAGUACAGUUCUGCUUACUACACUUCAAGAAAGAUCUGAAAGCGGAAAAAGAACCAAAGAAGGGCAGUUCAAGCGACCAAAGGGUGGGUGGAAGGUGCUGCAGUAUGAAUACUGUACGAAUAUUUUGACUCUGGUCUGAAAAGAUAAAAGAAUUAUCGAAAACUACAUGGAAUAAUUGAAGUCCCUUCGAGUUUGAAAGUAAGCAUUUUAGGACAAAUAAAAGGAAAUUCAACUUUGUACUUGUGGAAACUAAUCCCUAAAUAUGAACAGGUUUAUAUUGAUUCAUGGGUAACAGGUCCAUAAUAAAUUAUUGGAAACUAGGAUGUCUGAAUAUCAAGGAAGACAGCCAUAGUCUCUUACAGUGCCUCUAUUGGUCUGUCUCGAACUGAAUUGGGUGGGAAAAGGUAUGGUCCAAUAUAAACUUUUUCUUGGUUAUCUCUUAAAAGUCAGUUCCAUUUAUGCCAUUAUUGGCACGUCUUGCCUUUGUUUAUUCUGGUGCCAGUGUUUUCUGCUUGUUUGGUUUGUUGCCAUCUGAGUUUAUUUACUUGUACCACAUGCAGUUUACAUCUUCUUUAACCACUCUGUUUCCCAGGUAAAUUCUAAUUAUACUUGACAUCCAACUGAGAGGGCCCAUCUCUUCUCACCUCUUUCAUAGUCAGUAUGUUCAGCAAAUAUUUAUUGAGCCCUUAUCAUGGGCAAAGCAUUGUACUGGAUAAUUGGGGAAAGAAUGGAUAAUAAUUCCUUUAUUCAAUAAAUGUCUACUGAGCACAAUCUAGUGAAUUGUUAUAAUAUGGCCUCGUUGUUUUGGGGUGUAUUAUAACAAUAUUUUACACCAUUCAUAUCCUAAUAUAAUUAUAAAGCCCAGUGUACUAUCAAAGAUAAGUAAUUUUAUGGUUUUCAGCCUUUUACAAGUAUCUAUUUGUUUGCAUCCCAUUAAUACAAAUAAUGAAAAAUGUUUUAAUUUGUAAUAAACUGAUUUAUUGUGUAGUGACUGUUAAUAUACUAGUUACUAAAUUGUUAACUCUGCCUCAAUCACACACAUAAGGAAGUAAUCCCAAAAAUAAAUAUUUAAUUUUGCAUUAGCUAUAAAGGAGAUCCUGGGUGCUAUAAUUAGAUUAUUUGGAGGCAGACAGCUGUUACCCCAGCUGAUUUAGUAUGUUCUGUAAUUGAAAAAAUGUUCACCAAAUUAUACUUCUUAGUCAUUUAACCUGUACAUCUUACAGGGGACAUGUUCUGUGUAUAGUGAAUAAAUACCUUUUAUAGUGUCACAAAAUGUUUUGGAUUCCUUAGUUCCUUAUUAGGAUAUAGUUUGUCAUAUUGAUUCCCUCACAUUUAAUUUUCAUCUUGAAAUCUGGAAAUGGAAUUUAAGCCUUUAAAUUUAGAAGAAUUUUGAAAAUAUGGUAGACUAUACAAGCCUGAAAGGAGGUCUAAAAUUGAGGUAUUUUUAUCCCUAUGAAAAAUUUUGUUUUAACCUGCCCAGGAACUUAAAAUUUCAGGUUAGAGUCCAUAAAUUCUGACUUGGAUUAUUUUUGUUGGAAAAUGUUCUUAAAGCAGCUUUAUUUUCAAGGAGAUAAAAAGUGAUAAUGGAAUGUAGAGUUUGUUUCAAGUAAAGAUUACAGAUUUGAGAUCUUAUACCCUUACAUAAUUUUAUCAUUAGUGUUGAACAUUGAAUUGGUAAUUCUUAAGGGUAGAGGUCCUGUGUGAUCUUUCAAAACAGUAUCUGUGUAGUUCCUGCGUGUUUUGUCCUCUACCUCCCUCUCCAUUUGCUUUUGAAUUGAUGGGUUCCAAUUAAGUUGCAUAUUUGGUUGAGAUUUUCCCUUUACAAAAAAAAAAAUUAGUGGCCACAUAACCUCUCUUAUUUUACUAGUCUUUGGUUUUGUUUUGUUCAUAAGUAAUAACAGUACUCAAUAGCAUUUUAAAUAUGGUAAAACAAAAAAGUCCAUGUGGUUUGAGCACCUUUUGAAUUACAGUGCAUUGUUAUAUGUGAUUGUUCCCAUAUAAUAUUUAAAACUUAUCAAUAUCAAGCACCUAAUUUGCCAAACCAUAUGUUUUUCAUAUACUGCUGCUUAACCCCAAAAACAUACCUGGAAAAUGAAUGCUAUUCCCAUUUUGCAGGUGUGAAAAAGUUGUCAAUUUACAGAAUACCUUCCAUGUGAUAUAAUUUUGCAUACCCUGCUUCAUUUCUCAAUUUUGUAAUCUAAUGGUAACUUUUAUAAAUUAGAUUGCUAUAUCUGACAGGCUCUGUGGGUCAGACUCAUCAUAGCCUGACUUUCCAAGUUCCAGUCUCAAAAGAGAUUUUUCAUUGUAUUUUAUUUUUUUCCAUGUUAUUGUUUACAAAGUCCCAGGAUUCUAUUUUGAAAUGGGAACGCUGUGACUUGAGCAAUAGUUUGGAAUAAAUUAAUGACAUCCUACUAAGUGGACCUUCGGGGCUUUUAGGAACCCCAGGCGUGAACAAUACUCAUUUUUUAAAUAGUGAUGACUUAAUAGGUGAAGUAAGCAACCUGUUUAUCUUCCUUCGGCUGUUGACAUCUGUAAGACAUUCUGCUAGUCCUGGAAAAGGUGCCUUCUGGGGUCUUUUCCUCUACCGGUUCUUCCAACAGUGUUGGUUAUCUUUAUGAUGUUCUGUGUAUUUGUAAAGCAGUUUCACCCUUGUGUUAAAAGAUGGAGUUUUUUUUUUCUUUUGGAAUAAAAAGUAAGGCAUGUAAAUUCAUUUCAUUGAUAACAGUAGUUUGUAAAGAAGUAAAAGGCCUUUGUAUCUAGUUUUUGCAGAUCACAUUUCUUUGAAUGCUGGAGAGUGAAAUAAUAAACUGGUCUAGGAGCCAACAAA